UUUUCUUCCCCGUCUUCUGGUCGAUCACUCAUCACUCUCCGUGGUCCGGAGGAUUAAUCAUCGCAGCUAUCGCCACCACCACAGGAGGAAAAGUCGGGUUUUAAUCGCAGUGAAAAUUGGCCGAAAAAGUGACCGAAACCGUGGAACGGACGGAUGUGAAAAGCGUGUCGCCGUUACCAACACCGCGUUACCCGUAGAGCAUGCCGUAGUGCUGUUCGGGUGGUGGUUCUGUGUGCCACUGGUAAAUCGGUGUCGUCCCGUUUCGGAUGGGAGUGAUUUGCAGCAGAGUGCGGUUGCAAAAUCAUCGUCAUCGUGUGCUGCACCAGUGUAAUGCACUAGCCGCUGCUGCUGCUGCGUUCUGUUGCGCUUGCCGAGGCGGUGCAAACAAAGGAGGCGUGUGAAAAAAAAGCGAUUGCGCGUACGUAUCGCUGCAGGGGUAGUGCUGAAGGGCAGUGAGUGAAGGCGAAGAAGGAGAAGACGAAGGGAAGACAGUGGAGGGAGUAAACAACAUUGAAAUCAACGCACAACGAAAAGCAUGGGUGACAUGAUGCGAUUAAGUAGCAGCGGUGGUGCGCUCGGCGGUGGUUUCCAUCGCGAUAAGCUCGGUUCACCGUCCACCGGCUCGGAAGACGGUGGUGGCAUUGAUCUGGCCGAUAUCGCCCAGGAACUGGAUCAGGACGAGUUCGAUGGACCGGCAACGCUGAACGGUGCAUUCGACCGUCCGGCUAUUACUGCACCGCCCGAGAGCGAGUGGUACCAUGGGCGUCUCGAUCGAUACAGUGCCGAGCAGCGGCUGAAAUCGACCACCAAGCUGGGAAGUUAUCUCGUGCGCGAAAGUGACCGCAAACCGGGCUCGUACGUGCUGAGCUACCUGGGUCGCACCGGCAUCAACCACUUCCGCAUUACGGCCGUGUGCGGUGACUUUUACAUCGGUGGACGGCAGUUUUUCUCGCUCAGCGAUCUGGUCGGUUACUACACGUCCUGCAGUGAUUUGCUUAAGCGCGAGCGGCUCGUACAACCCGUUCCACCGCCGGAACCGGUGAACGAUAAGAAGCGCGUCGUGGCCAUCCUGCCGUACACCAAGAUGCCCGACACGGACGAGCUGACGUUUCAGAAGGGUGAUAUCUUCUUCGUACACAACGAUAUGGGCGAUGGGUGGUUGUGGGUGACGGCACAUCGCACCGGGGAGCAGGGCAUGAUCUUCCGCGAGCUGGUGGAGGACCUCGACCCGGCCAUCGAUCCGAACACCGUGUUUCCCUGGUUCCAUCCGACCUGCACCAAGAACGAGGCGGUCGAUAUGUUGGUGAAGGCCGGCCCGGGAAGCUUUCUGGUGCGCCCGAGCGACAAUUCACCGGGCGACUAUUCGCUGUUCUUUCACAUCAACAAUCAGAUCCAGCGGUUCCGGAUCGAGAAGAAGGGCGUACGGUAUCUGAUGGGUGGACGCACGUUCGAGUGUCUCGAUGCGGUAAUUAACCGGUACCGGAAGGAGCAGAUCGUCGAGGGCCACACGCUGAUGCAUCCGGUCAUCAAUGGCAGUCAGCCGGAAUAUCAUCCGCCGACAAAUUUGGCCAGCGCAGCGGAGAAGAUCUACGCGACGUUGCGCGAGUGCCGCGAUCAAAACAUGCUGAAGAAGACCAAGGGCAUCAAGCACCACGGCUAUCUGAUGAAGAAGUCGGACAAGACGGCCAAAUGGAAGCAGCUGUUCUUUGCGCUGCUGGUGGAGGGCUCGGAAACGCACCUGUGCUUCUACGACAGUCCGAAGAAAACGAAGCCGAAAGGUUUGAUCGAUCUUUCGUGCGCCUAUUUGUAUCAGUGCCAUGAAUCGUUCUGGGAGCGGCAAUACUGCUUCCAGAUAGUCGAACGGGCGCUCCCGUGUCUCGCCACCAUCACCUAUCUCUGUGCCAACAAUCAGGAGUGCUACGUCGAGUGGAUAUCGGCCCUCAAGUCGCACUGCGUGUCGCAGCUCAGCAAAGCGCAAUCCAAGGUGCCGCGGCUGCGUGAGCUGCGCUGCCUGAAUCUGCAGAUACUGGAAGCGCAUCGGUUGCCGUUCAAGCUGGUGCCGCAUCCGUACUGUGUCGUGUCGCUUAACCAGGUGAAGGUGGGCAAAACGCGCGUCAAGACGGCUCCCGAUCCCGUGUGGGAAGAGGAAUUCGUGUUGGACGAUGUCCCACCGGACGUAGUUACGGUAACGAUAACCGUACUGAGCCGUGGCAAGCGCGGCAAGGACUCGGAGGUAGCCGAACUGACGGUCGAUCUGUGCAGUCUCAAGAAUGGUCAGGAAACGGAGGAAUGGUUCCCGCUCAACGGCAUGACACCGAUGGGCGAGUGGGGUUCGAUCCGGUUGCGCAUACGCUACCUGGACGAUCUCGUCAUGCCGUGCGAAGAGUACAGCCCGCUGCAGCAGCUGCUCGUCGAAUCGGAACUGAACGCAGUACGCGCACUGUCCGAAAUUUGUCACAACGAUCGCAUCCCGCUUGCCACCUCGCUGCUCAAGGUGUUCCGGCACGAGAAGCGCGAAACGGAGCUGCUGCGAAUCCUCUGCCAGGCGGAGGUGGCCCGCGAGAACGAAACCUCCACCCUGUUCCGGGGCGCAUCGCUAGCGACGACCCUGAUGGAUCUGUACAUGCGCGCCGAGUGUACACUGUUCCUGCAGUCGGCCGUAUCGGAUACGGUGCAACGGAUACUGGAAAGCAAACAGUCGGCCGAGCUGAACCCAACCAAGAUGGACGUGAACGAUGACGCGUGCUCGAAUGCGGAGUUUCUGCUGAUGAUACUCGAUCAGGUGACGCAAUCGAUCUUCACCUCGCCCGAUGCGUGCCCGCGGACGGUGCGCUACAUCUGCAACUGUCUGCAGAAGUCGGUCGUGGCCAAGUGGCCGUCGCCGAACGAGCGGCUGGUGCGGACGCGCGUCGUGUCCGGCUUCAUCUUUCUGCGGCUGCUCUGUCCCGCCCUGCUCAAUCCUCGUCAAUUCGGUCUAGUCAAUGAAACGCCACACCAAAUGGCGACCCGGUCGCUGAUCAUGGUCGCGAAAUGUUUACAAAAUUUGGCCAACCUCGUCGAGUUCGGUGGCAAGGAACCGUACAUGGAGGUGGUGAAUCCGUUCAUCUUAAAGAACAAGGAGCGGAUGAUCGUUUUCCUCGACCAGCUGUCGUCCGUUACGGAUCCGAAUCCACCGCCCGGCUGUAUGCAGGAACCGAACAGUUCCUCCACGCUUUCCAGCUCCGAUGCAGGGCGCGAGCUCGCCACGCUGCACCACAUCUGUGUGUCGUACCUGCCGGAGCUGCAGGCCAUGAGCAAGACGAACAACGCGCUCAAGAAGCUCGUCACCGUGACGGAGAUGCUCUCGAAGCACAAGCUUAAGUAUCGCGAAAUGAUCAGCUAAUCAGCAGCUUAGCUUAUAGGCCCCAGAAGCAUGCCACAUCAAAUGCAACGACACGUCACGAGUCUUUCGGAUUUCUACCAUCGUUCAUCCGUUACCCUUUUCUUUGCCCGGGUCCUCCCUGCAGCACGAACGCGCGCGUGUGUCUCUGUGUGUGAUUUUUCCCUUCUCUCUUGUAUGACCACACAAACACACGCGCCGAAACCGAAGUGUAAGUGAAUUGAUUACCGUAUACUCAGGAGAAACUAACUUUAGGCUUAAACAUGGACUGAAAACGGUUGAAGGUGAACGAAAGGACUUGUAAAACAACCAAAUUCUCGACGCUCGGAAAAAUAAUGCCUCCCAUGUUUCCAUUCGCUUGGUUUCCAACCGUUUCCCUCCCCAUUUACCGGAACGACUGAUUGUUUGCUUCCCCUUAGAUAAGUGCAAAACGGUGUGUGAUAUCUCGAAUAGGCGCGAUACAAACCAAAUGAACACGCUCAGAACACUUACAAGUACGCAACACUGUGCAGCAAAGCCCCCCCGAUCAUUAAAUUAGCCAGCCAGUUCUUAGUAUAUGUCCCAGAACGUAGCGAAGAAGACGAUUGAGCGUAGUGUUCGUGACGAUGUUUCUCAACCUUUUCGUGUAUUUGCUGUCUGCGCGAGCGCCUAGUAUUCAUUUACGCAUGCUAGUCUCGUCUGGGAAAAUGUUUUUAUAUCUAGCUGUAUUCGAUCCUUAACGUGUCCUUCGCGACUGACGCUGGUGCUCUCUCUCACUUUUACUCUCGUCGAAGCUUUUACAUGAUGUCCCGAGCCUAAUACAGCUCGGAAUUUACACAAAAAAGACAAAUCUUUCACCGUACACGCGCUGCUAAACGUUUCUUUCCUUUCUAUAUCCACUCAUCUUCCCCGGAGUGAGUUUCUCCGUAUCGCGUAGUGUAAUGAGUAUAAGAAAACAUUUAAUAAACAACAUCCAGGGAUAGUUCUAGGAAGACGCAACACACACACACACACGCUAAAUCAAACCGGAAGUUUAACUUUAAGGUGUGUAGAGCGGGCGCGACCUACAGUAUAACACAAUCGAGCAGUAAGCAGCAGCGCGUGCCGUGGGUGAAGUAGGACGAAAAAGGAAAAAAAGGAAACCAACACGGGAAGCAGACAACAAAUCUCAUUCGCAUAAUAAUAUUUGAAACCAAAAAUCUCUUUUUAUAUAUCUAACGUUUUUGCUAACACACACGCCCGCUCCCUGGUCGGAGGGGAUGGAAGAAGGUGUUGAUGGAAGGAGGCGUGUGCGACGAUCAGGUGCUCUCUUUGUGUGUGUGUUUUUUUUCUAUUAUUUUUUUUUCUCUUUUUAUUAGGCCAGGGAAGUAAAUUUAUAAAUUUAAGCGUUAGUAUGCACAACUUUGCAAACCUCUGCCAAGUAUCUCUGCCACAUCCAGAACCUGCAUUCGGAUUGCUUUCUGUCUGGCUGUUCUUUGCUAGUGAUUACUUGUAUCUUUUUCACUGGGUGUAACAGCUGUCAUCAAAGCAACCGAGUGGAUUUACAGUGCUCCCAAUGCAAAUCGGGACGCCUCGAACUAGUAGCGUGUGUUUUUGGGCGAUCUGGAGAAGGCAUUCCAGGUCCUAGACAAUGGAUAGUGGAGGCGACAACGGCGUCGUUCUUCACACGGCAGAACCGGGGUUCAAAUCCCCUUCCAGACCGCCUCCCAGUACGUAAGGCUGACUACUUUACUACGGGUAAAAUCAAGUCACAGAAAGCCAGAAAUGGCAGGCCCGAGACCUCUCGAGGUUGUAGUGCCAAGGAAGAAGAAGAAGAAGACUUGUGAUCUUAUAAUCCUUACGUGGAGAAAGAUAUAAGACAAGGGCUAGCUGAGCUGUUUAUGGAGUAAUAGAUGUUCUGACAGUGGUCCAAACCAGAAUGAUAUGAUGAUGAGGUAUGACCAGGAAGAUCAUCAAAAAAAGGGCGAGAAGGAUCUCUUCUUCUUCUUACGUGGCUCAACAACCUCCAGAGGACUUGGCCUACCAUUUCUAGCUUUCUGUGUCUUGUUUUAACUCGUAGCUGAAUAGUUAGUCCUGCGUACAAGAAGGCGUAUCUGGAUGGGAUUUGAUCGUCGGUCCUGCCGUGUGAAGUCCGGUGCCGCCACCGAACCGCACCUAGAUCUCUAGAUACGCCAUAUCUGAUUAGGCAAUCUAUAUGUUAGCUGGUCUUUACACGACAGGCCCGGGUUCAAAUACCUACCAGACCGCCUCCCUCCCCGAACGUAAGGCUGACUACUUUACUACGGGUAAAAUUAACACACAGAAAGCCAGAAAUGGCAGGCCCGAGACCUCUCGAGGUUGUAGUGCCAAGGAAGAAGAAGAAGAAGGAUCGGGGUUCAAAUCCCACCCGGGGUGUAGUAGUUCCUGGUGAGAGAGUCUUUUGAAAGAGUUUUAUGAGUCAAAACCCACGAAAAGAAUUAGAAGCUGGUGUCCGGUGUUGCAUUUGAAGCACUGUACGGGUAGCUUAGUUUAGUAGCUGUUUGAAUGCAUUAUAAUGCUAGUGAUGGAAAGUGACCCAUGACGCUGUAGAAGAGUUGAAGCUUCGUUGCUUGCGCCCUGCUCCAAGUCCCGUACGUUUGGUUUGGGUUUCUUUCAAGUGUAUACGUUUAUGUUGAUACUCGAAUUCAGGCAUCCAGGCGAUCAAUUAAGAAAAACAAAAAACCCAUACCUUGAUAAAUUGUUCGAUUAGGCGGUAAAAGGAAGGAAGGGAAGGAUCGAAGGGAUAUGAUGCGCCCCCAGUGAGCGUGUGUGCUGCUUUACUGUUCUUCUUCAAACGGACGCAUUUUAAUAUGAAUCGAAACCAACCAAUACACACACACACACACAUAUAUAUGAUUAUUUAGAACCAACCUAUAUAAACAUGCUACCGGAUAAUAAAGGAAAACAACUCAAAAAAUCGGACAACACGA